CACUAACAAGUCUUUUUGUGGGAGAUAAUACUCAUGAAGCUUGGGCCCCAUUUGUCGGCUAGACUAUCGCCGGCUUCCGCUGUGAACGUACCUACUUGUCAGCUUAUCCAGCGCUUCCGUGCUCACUCGCCAACUUCAAGUCAUUUUCAUGCUAUGUUCUGUGAAGAGCGAUUGAUUGAAGUUUAUGAUUACGUUCUGAAAGCGUUUCUAGCACUGCGGGUCUCACAGAGGUCAAGUGUAACUCAAAAUGGCAAAUGGCAAAAUAUCCGAGUUACCAUUCCUUUAUCGCUUUGUGUUUCUAUACUUCGAGCCUGCUGCAGCGUUCAUCGGGUCACUGCUCCUGCAUUUUGAUCCCCAGCAAUUCCUGACGACCAUGUCGCCGGGGCUGAAGUAUUCUGCACUACACCAAGUCGUCUACGACAAUCUGGGGGCGACCUACGUCUUGUUCGCAUUCAAUGAAGCUAUUCUCUUGCGGUCGACCAACGACCUGAGGGUCUGGAAGACCCUCCUGUGCGGUAUACUUCUGUGUGAUGCCAUCCAUCUCUACGCGAGCUGGGGUGCUCUGGGCGGUGAUAUCUUCUGGAAUCCCUUGAUGUGGCGCUGGGAGGAUGGUGUGAAUUUGGGCAGUCUCUGGUUACAGGCGUUCCUGAGGGUAGCGUUCAUCUACGAUGUCGGCUUCCCCAAUCCUCGUGGAAAAUCUAAGAGUGUUUGACACUUUCCCUCUCCGUUUAGCGUCACGGUUAAAGCAGUUAAGCGCAUGAUGUGGAAAUUCCACUGCUGGUCGUCAGGCAGAACAUUGGAUUUCCGGCAGUCAGUGGCUAGGAUGGACUACUGCCCCGGGACUUACUGCUUAAAGUCAAAUGCUCCCAGUACCAGAGUAGAGAAAAUGAGAAAUACCCGUACCCAACAUGUAGGAAGUAGGACGGCUGACAUUCAUUACUGGUCGAAUCUAGUUAAUGCGAACUUUAGUCUGUUCUAGGUUAGCGUUCUUUAUCUUAUAAUAUGGUAUCUUCAGGCUAUCAUUGUGGCUAAGCCACCGUGAUGAUUAACAUGAC